ACAAGCAAAUUCUUCAAUUAGGAACUCAUUUUUGGCUUAGUUUAUUUCAUCUUCUUUAAUUGAUCAAUUGGGUUGAUCAAAUAAGGACCAACAAUAGGUCUCAAUGAGGGUUCAUACCCUUAUAACAUUUUUCUUGCUCUUAUUGUUUUGUGCUGUUAGCAUUUGCAAUGCUAAUGGCCAAACAUUUGAAGUUGUUGGGGCUGCAGAGUGUGUUGAUUGCAAGGAGAAUAAGUUUAAUCCAAGCCAAGCCUUUUCAGGUCUUCGAGUGACCAUUGACUGCAAACUCGAAUCCGGCAAGAUCAAAAGGGUCGGCGAAGCAGUCGAGCUAGAUGAACAAGGCCAAUUCAGAGUCUCACUCCCGAAAGACAUUGUUGUUCAAAACAGGCAAAAGCUCAGAGACAAAUGUUACGCGCAGCUCCACAGCUCGGCCGCCAUCCCUUGCCCUGCCCACGACGGUCUAGAAGCCGCUAAAAUUGCUUUCGAGUCCAAAACCGAUAAAGGCUCGACUUUUGUCCCGGCUAAGAACCUUCGGUUCUCGUCGGCAUUGUGCACUUCCAAAUUCUUGUGGCCCCACUACCACAAACACCCUCCUCUCUCCAAGUCACAUUUCAUUUGGAAGAAGAAAUUUCCCAAAAUUAAAUUCCCACCCCUCAAGAACUUUGUCCCUCCUUUCCCACCCCUCUACAAGCCCAAGCCGUCGAUCCCCAUUUACAAGCCGCCGACCGUCCCUAUUUCCAAGCCAAAGCCUCCGACCGUCCCCAUUUACAAGCCGAAGCCACCGGUUUACAAGCCCAAGCCCAAGCCCAAGCCAAAGCCACUUCCUCCAACGGCUCCGGUUUACAAGCCCAAGCCCAAGCCAAAGCCACUUCCUCCAACGGCUCCGGUUUACAAGCCCAAGCCCAAGCCCAAGCCACUUCCUACACCGGCUCCAGUUUACAAGCCCAAGCCUCCAGUUUAUAAGCCACCGAUCGUGAUCAAGCCAUUGCCACCACCGAUUCCACUAUUUCCACACCCGCCGUUUUACAAGAAGCCUUGCCCUCCAUUCCCAAAAGUUCCUAAAAAAGACUAUCACCACCCCAAAUUCGGAUAUUAUUUCCCGCCACUCCCACCUUCUAUUCCUCAACCAUGA